AUGCCAGAUCCUGUGAAGAUCAAGGGGACUGCCACUCGUAGUGAGCUGCUGAAAGUGUUCCAGCGUUGGGACCACCUGCACCGGCUGUACGUGUGCAAGAGUUCCGAAGUUUCGGAGGAGGAUAGAUGUGAACUUUUUGCUGUUGCCAAGGAUGUGGACAAAGAUCGCCAAAUCCUCCACCGCAAGCGGCGGAACCUCCGUGAAAAGCAUGUGCCUGGGGCUUCAAGGGACUUACCGCAUGGGGUACUUCUUUGCCAGCUUCCCUUGGAAUCUUCUCAUGUUGUUGCUUGUUCAGUUGAUGAUGUGAAGGAUUUCUAUCAUGCCUAUGAAGCGACUGAAGCUCGGGCAAAGAGUUCCCCAGUAGGUCCCCGCUUUCAAUUCAGAGAGGUGGCCCAUUUGAAUGCUUGCCAAGCUGCUUUGGCAGAGGGUCGAAUUAGGCCGACGGACUCACUGGAAGCUUUUCAAGAAGCUGACAAAGCUUAUGAGGCAGUUGGCUUGCAAGCACACCCAAAGAAGAAACAGAGGAGGACUUUUCACACUCAAGUUUUGGGAGCGGAGAUUGAGGGUGAACAGGGUUUGGUGGGGCCUAGUCGAGGUAGGCUCUUGCAAUUGGCAAGGAUCUCUGCGGAAGUUGCUGUGCUGGGCAUCGGCGAUGAGAAAAUAGUAGAAGCCCUGACGGGCCUUUGGGCCUAUUGUGCCCAGUACAGACGACCUAUGUUUAGAUAUCAUCGGAUGCCGCUUUUGAGCCGGCUCGGAGCCGCACUGAAAGGAGCGGGCUGGGAUGAAGAUGCGGUGCAUGAUUUUCUUUCUGAGGGGGAAGACCCUCGCGAAGACGGGGGCUUUCCGCCUAUUUCCGGCCUUGAGGCUUCCAAGGAUUGGAUUCAGCUUUUCUUACAGAAAGCAGUUGCGCAGGGUUGGAGCCCUGGUUUUCCUCAGCAGCUGGAAGAAGCUAGUUUCGAUUUUUUGGAAAUGUAUUCAGGGCGUGCUGACAUGAGUCGAGCCUGGAAAGAGCAGGGUUUCAGGGUCUUACCGCCGUUAGAUUUGAGGCAAGGAUCGCUGUCCCGUCAUGGUUUUGGUGCCUGCGGAAGCAGCCAACUCCCACCACUGAUUUUCUGGCGGAUUUGGAAGGCCGACCUAGGGCUCAUGCGCGUUGGGCUGUGUUGGUUGGCCGUCUUUUGCUGGCUAUCAGUGGCGAUUGCGCCCCGCCCUUCAGCUGGAGCUCGCAACAGGGACCAACUGUUGAGAGGACGCAUCACCGAAAAAACAAGAGUGUUUCGGCAAGACUUGCUCCACAAGCUAGUUCAGUGGCUGACGCCGCACCUUGGGGAGUGCAGUCUGGACACUUUGGCCAGGAAGCACAUCGACAUUUUGUCGGAAUACUUAGAAGAGUAUAUCUUGCAUUUGUACGUGUCGGGACAAUCCAGACUGGCUGCAGCCGAGACGCUGAAUGCUAUAGUUCAGACUUAUGGAUGGCUGAGGCCAUCUCUUGCAGGGCCUUGGGGGCUGAUCAGAUCCUGGGAACACCAGGAGCCACCUACGCAUAAUCCUCCCAUUCCAGUACAAGUUCUGCGUGCCCUUGUGGCUUGUGCUCUGGCCUGGCAUUGGCCCAAGCUGGCGGUGACGUUGGCGCUUGGCUUUUUUGCUUUGUUGAGACCAGCAGAAUGUAUUGGACUGCGGCGGCAAGACUUGGCUUUACCAGAAGACCAUCUAGAAGGAGAUGUUCUCUACGUGCGCAUCGGGGCCCCAAAGACCCGGUUUCGCACAUCCCAGAACCAGCACGUCCGAGUGGACGAACCCGGCUUGGCGCAUUGGAUUGCAUGGAUCCUACGCUACACGCCGAUGUGGCAGCGUAUCUGGCGCGGCUCCUUGUCGAGCUUUUCAGAACUCGAUACGAGAUUGCCGUAG